GGCACAGCACACACCUGUUAAUACUCACCUGGACGAGCUGAAAGUGUCUCCGUGGUUCGGACCGGCUCAUCCUGCAACUCUGAAAUGGGGAACAGUAAAACCUCGGCGCUCCUCUCUCUGAUCGGUGUUCUGCUGAUUUGUCCACAUGUUCUCACCAAGAGUAUUUCACCCACCCUGCAAACUGCAGAAAACUCUACUUUAACUCCAGGUGAGGGAGAAGAGCGUCCUCCUGUGGUGGAGCGGCACGUCAUGAGCUGCAGCAGCAGCUUCGACAACUUCUGUAUGAACAACGGGAAGUGCAUGCUGCUGGUGGACCUGGGUGAACACCACUGCAAGUGUGAGGAGGGCUUCCACGGCUCCAGGUGUGACAGCCCCGAGUUCGUUACUCAGCCACUCGAUAAAGAGCAGAUACUCAUCAUCAUUUUCUGUGUGAUCCUGCUGAUGAUAGGCCUGACCGGAGCGCUGUACUUCUGCUGCAAGUGGUACAAAAAGAACAAGUUCCCACGGCAGCAGAAGCAGACGGAUUACAAACGAGUCCAGAAGAUUUGAAUCCUAAUCUGCUGCUGGACUUCUCCUGGUUGUCUCGA